UAAGAUGCCACCUUUGCUAGCGGCGGCCAGCGGGUCUCCAUGGGCAUCGCUGCCAGAAGAUCUGGUUCGCCUUGUUGGCUGGCGCUUGCUGUCCGGCGACCUGACGGACUAUGUCCGCUUCCGUGCUGCCUGCACCAAUUGGCGGUCUGCCACCAAGUCUCCGUGUGGCCGUGGCAUCAUUGAUCCACGUUUUCACCCGCGCCGCUGGAUGAUGUUCGCUGAGGGCCACGGGCUUUAUCCUGGCCAUGAAAGGCUCGGUGAACACACACGCUUCUUCAACCUUGACUCUGGGGUUUUAGUUCGCGUCCGGCUCCCGCUGUUCAAGGAUCACUGUGUUCUUGACUCGGUCGAGGGCCUCCUGCUCCUCCAGCGAGACGAGGACACGGCCAUCCGCCUCCUCCACCCUUUCACCGGUGAUAUUGUUGAGCUCCCACCACUAGCGUCUCAUAACUUGCACAUGAGUCAUCCAUAUGCGAACCUGCCACAGCUGAGACGCAUGUCCGCUUCUGUUUCUAUUGAUGCCGGAGUCGUGAGGGUGAUGGUUAUCUUCAUUCACCUGAUGUAUGCGGCUGUUGCCACCUCCCAGGAUACUAAAUGGACUUUUCUAAUGCAUUGGAGACUUCCAAGUCAUUAUGGACCGUUGUCGUUCCGAGGCAAGCAAUACCUGGUGCAUCAGACUAUGAAUAUGGAAAAUACUUAUUUAUCACAGAUUUUUUAGAUUGAGGCACACUCGCACGAUCCACCGAAGUUGAUCGUCACGUUUCCAAGGGAGAAACUAUGCUACCCUGUCUAUUUAGUAGAAUGCAACUCGGAGAUCUUAGUGGUCGGGCACAACGACAUUUCGUUGACACACCUCGCAGUUUACAAGUUUGCAGAUGUUGUUUUAAAUAGGUUUAUCCGGGUUAAAAGCAUCGGAGACAAAUCCAUCUUCGUGGGAGGGCGCAAUUUGUGUGUCUCCUCUAAGGCACUGCCUACCAUUGUAGGCGAUACUAUUGUCUAUCGCCAUCCACGAGAGCAACAUUUUAUGCAAUACUACCUCAAUACUAGCAGUUGGUCU